AAAAUCUCUCUAAACAUUUCAUCUCAUCUCUCUCUAAUUCCCUGCUCUAAAUGGCUCGUACUAAGCAAACUGCAAGGAAAUCAACCGGAGGAAAGGCUCCGAGGAAGCAAUUGGCCACCAAGGCGGCAAGGAAGUCUGCUCCGGCCACCGGCGGAGUGAAGAAACCCCACAGAUUCAGGCCAGGAACCGUUGCCCUGAGGGAAAUCAGAAAGUACCAGAAGAGUACCGAAUUGUUGAUCAGGAAACUUCCGUUUCAAAGGCUUGUGAGGGAAAUCGCUCAGGAUUUCAAAACCGAUCUGCGAUUCCAGAGCUCCGCCGUGGCUGCUCUCCAGGAGGCGGCUGAAGCUUACUUGGUCGGACUUUUUGAAGACACUAAUCUGUGUGCGAUUCAUGCCAAGAGAGUUACGAUCAUGCCCAAGGAUAUGCAGCUGGCUCGUAGGAUUCGUGGUGAAAGAGCUUAGGGUUAGGGUUUCAUUUCGAUAAAAUCAAAUCUGUUUUUAGGGUUUAUAAUCUGAAUGUAUGGCAGUUUAUUGUAUGAACAAAUCAUCGUUGCAAUUUCAUA